AUGUUGACACGUAGUUCUCUUCUGUUGAUACAGCAUAUUGGCCAAGAUGUUCCCAAGCGCCAUACGCACUUUAUAUUGGAGUCACGUCUUAUGUAUGAAAAAUCUUUCCGUGACGAGUGGCUUCGAAGCUUAUGCCAGGUCAUCUCCAUUUUAGACGAACCAUUGGCUAAAACACUCUCUGGUACACGUCAGAAAAUGUUUCAACGGAAGAUAACUUGCUUUAGUUACAAUCAGUUCGGACUUUUUACGGUUCCCUACUAUCGUUUAGCAAAUGUUGACCGUUACUAUGCUGUGCAAGGGGUUCCUGGAACUCGAGAAUGGGUGGGAUAUGCAAAUGUAUCAUAUUGGACCAUGAACAAGAUGGUUCGCAGUGGCCAUAUCUUAGUUCACCGCGUACAUUAUAAAGGGUGGGGUACUGAUAGUUCGCUUAAUCAGGGCGGGUGGGAAUAUAGAUGGAAUAAGAUCAUGCAGCGUAACGUUCUUCAAUAUACUUCUAUUUGA